AAAAAAAUUGUUUUACUAAUUCAUCAGUACAAUUUUGUCAAGCAUUUGUAUGUUUGUCUAUAUUGUCAGACAUUCUGUCAAGUGAUGAAGUGUUCUUGGAUUUCCAUCAUAGUUGACCAUAAUAUCUAUCCCUAAUCGUAAUAUGCAUAUAUAACACCAGUUGUAAACAAUUAAUCUCUCUCCCUUCGUUCUCUCGUAUACACACACACACGUUCUCUUUAUUCUAUUUGUAAUCAAUGUCGCUAAAAUAUAUCGUAUACAUAUGAUUUUGAUCAAUUUUAAUAAAAAAAUACAUAGACAAAAUAGACUGGCAAGUAUGACAAUAUUAUCAUAUAUGUUUCAUUUCUAUUAGGUGAUAGAUUUUUUUCUUCUGUCUAUUACGAUACAAACUAGAAAGAUUAUUCAAACGAUUAUGUUAGUAUGAACGCGUCCAUUUUAUUAUUUUUUUUGAAUACCCCCAAGAUACAAUAUACUAGUAGUAUGUUGUCUGGACAAAUUAUUAAUUCAGUGAACGAUGUUCUUUGUCUUUCAUUUAUACAUGUUCGCGCCCAUUUAUAUGCACAAGUAUAUACUUGAAUAUACGUCUCCGAAAUUAUAUAUAUAAAUAGAACAGUAAUAUAGUUCAAUGUGAUGCUAAACUUACACUUGAACAUCGAUUAAAAAUUAGUAUUCAGAAAAAAAAGUGAUUGUUAAUAAACAUGUGAAAUGCCUGAGAUUAUCUAUUCUGAUAUAGUGAAAAAAAAACAACGAGUCAAGUUAGACAUAAUAUAAGAGAGGAAAAAAAGGCAACAUAAUCAUAGAAACAAGAUUAGUUGCCGUAAGGCAAUAGCAUCCAUAAAUCUGUAGACCAUUUAUUUGUCUCCAUCUGGUCUCUCUCUCUAUUACCUUGUCUAUUUAGUUAAUAAGAGAAAAGUAAUAAGUCACGUUUAAGAUUGAUCGAUGUCUAUAGAAACUAUAUAAAUCGUCCUUUCAAACAGAAAAGAUUGAUCAACUAAACAUGAUUAUUGAUCAAUAUACUUUUAAACACACUAAUUGACAUCUUUUUUUCGUCUAUUUGGAAUUACGUGCCAUUGGUAAGGAUAUUCUUUAUAUGGGUGGUCUCAUCUCAUCGAUAUCAAAGAACGUGUAUAUGCAUAUCAGAAUAAAAGAAAGAAAGGAAGAAAGAAAGAAAGAACAAGCACUCGAGUAAAAGAUGAUGAACGGCGACAUGCUGUUUGUAUGAUGAUGAAUUUCGACAAGCAAAAUACUUGUACUACUCAAUACACGUGUGCUCCUUUACUUGUGUAUAUACAUACAUAUACAUAUAUAUUCUUUUAUUAAACAAACAUAAUACUCAUCGUUUUGUCUUGUAUUCUUAUUUCUAGGUAAUGGAAUAUUGUUGAUGAAGAUUAUUGUAUGUCAUCCAGAUGAAGUAUGAACCUUGAUGAACAACAAACAGAUCGAAUCCUUGUGAUCUCGCUAUUAAUAUUUACUUCAAUAAUCUUCAUUAGUACUCCUUGUCAUGGUUGGCAUAAGACAUUGACAUUUGUUCAAUCAUCAUCCUAUGAAUUAACUACAGACAAUUCAAAUCAGACGAUUAUAUCUGAUAUGAAAUUUUUCCAGUGGUAUAAAUCUUAUGCUAUCUAUGGUGCACGUGAUACACUUAUUUUAUUAAAACCUGAUUUAAAUAAUUCUCUAGUAGAAUUAUUUUCUUAUAAUUGGCCUAUUGAUUCAAUAGCAAUGGAUGAAUGUCUUCAAGAAUGGAAUACAAAAGAAAAAUGUUAUAAUGAUGUUGUACAUGUUCGAAUUUUACCUAAUAAUACAAAAAUGGAUGUUUAUUGUACAUAUGCUCAUCGACCUAUGGUACGAUCGUUUGAUCUACAUUCAAUGUCAUUUAUUAAUAAAUAUAUUCUUACACGUGAUCCACAUCCUCCGAUGGAUUCAGAAAGUUCCUAUGUAAUGUUAACUUUUGAUACUAAUAUUGUUACAGCUGGUUAUCAAGGUGAUUAUAUUCCGACAAUACGUGGUACACAAGGAAAAACAUUACUUUAUGCAUUGAGACAAAAUUCUUAUUUUAUUGGUGGAUUUAAAUAUGAUGGAAAAGCAGUAUUUGGAGUUAUUGAAACAUCUGAACGAACUGAUACAAAUCGUGUAUCUCGAUUAGUAAUGGCUUGUGCUAAUCGAGCUGAAAUUGUGCGUAAAGCAAUUCUUAAUUGUUCAACCGAUAUGUUUGAUCAAUCACGUUCAUUUAUCUUUCAUAUUUUAACUGCUCUAGUCGAUCCAAUUCAUACAUCAAAUGGUUCAAUAUUACUUUUCGCAACAUUUACUACAAAUAAUUCAUCAAUCACAGCUUCAGCUGUAUGUUUAUUUAUACUUAAUAAACAAUUUUAUGAUGUAUUCACUGCUCCAUCGAAGCAUAAUAAUAGAAGAACAUCAAUAAUAAAUAGUGAAGUUAAUGAAUUAAUUCUAAAUUGUAAUCAAUCAAUUACAUCAACAAUUGAUCGUGAUAUGGUCGAAUCAGAAAAACAAUUUCUACCAUAUUUAUUAAAUCCAUUAGUAAUUGAAACAAUGUCAACAUAUACAUUUACAGCAAUUAAUGUUAUACAAUAUGAUAUCAAUCGUUAUUGUUUAAUUAUUGGCACAAGUGAUGGUCGGUUACUAACAGCAUUUACCGAUCAAACAUUUCAAACACAUGUUUAUGAAGAAUUAAUAUUACCAAAUAAUAUGCACUAUUCAGUUAAAUCGAUUACCUAUAAAAAAGUUGAUGAUAAUUCGUAUACGAUUAUCGUGACAAAUUCUCAAGGAUAUUUAGUUAUUAAAUUAAUUCAAUGUAAUGGAAAACUUUGUUUGGCAUGUUGGACAAAUGAUUGUUUAAUACGAAAAAAUUUACCAGCAGAUAUGACUGUGAAACAACUUUGUUCUUCAGAUAAUAAUUUUCGUUCAAUAGCAACUAAUGAUACAGAUGAAGAAGACUUUAGUAAUCAUUCUUCAGCAAUGGAUUGGUCAUUAACAAAUCGAUCUUCAGAUGAACAAUCAAGUAAUAAGUUAUUAUUUUAUAUUGUUGUUCCAAUGUCAUUUAUUGUUUUCAUUUUAUCAAUGUUAAUUAUUUUUCUUUUAACAAAAUCAAAUCGGAAACGACGACGAUUUUACAAUAAUAAUAAUAAUAAUAAUAACAACAAUAAUAACAAUCAUAAGAUAAGACAAUUAUCAACUACUCCAAUAAAUGGAACAUAUACAUAUACAAAUAAUGUUUUGUAUCGAACAAAUAAUGAAAAUUUAUUUGUUGGAGCAAAAACUCAACAAAAUUUAUUUCCUAUUAAAUCAGAAUUAUAUAUACCUCCAAUAUCUUAUCCUGUUUGUUCAAAUUCAUCAGCACAUAGUUUACCUACAUUAAUAUCAUCAGCAUCAUCAUCAUCAACUCCACCACCACCACCUCUUAUUCCUUUAACUACGAAUUCACAAGCACUUUCAGUUCAUCGUUUAUAUAAAAGUUAUGUUUGA